UUGCCAACCAUCGAUGACGACCUUCAAAAGUUGCGUUGCCGGGCUAAUUUUCAUGCUUUAAGGUUUACAAAACCGAUUCAAAAACUUGGACAAAAGCUUGUCUUGAAAAUGCGUGAGAAGGCUACUCGUUUUAUUGCAGUCCAUUUGAGACUUGAUCCUGAUAUGCUAGCAUUUUCUGGUUGUUACUUUGGUGGAGGGGACAAGGAGCGAUUCGAGCUUGGAGAGAUACGAAAACAAUGGGAAACAUUGCCGGAAAUUGAUAGUGUUGCAGAAAGGAGUGGAGGUAAAUGCCCACUUACUCCUCAUGAAGUAGGCUUGAUGUUAAGGGCACUAGGUUUCGAAAAUGACACAUACAUCUAUGUUGCAUCCGGAGAAAUAUACGGUGGAGAAGAGACUCUGGCGCCAUUAAGAUGUCUCUUUCCAAACUUGUGCACAAAAGAGAUGCUUGCUAAUGAAUAUCUGAAACCUUUUCUUCCCCACUCGUCUUGUCUCGCUGCCAUUGACUACAUUGUUUGCAACAAAAGCGAUGUUUUCAUCACUAAUAACAAAGGAAAUAUGGCCAAGAUUCUAGCAGGUCGAAGGAGGUACAUGGGGCACAAGAGGACCAUAAGACCAAAUGCUAAGAGGCUGAGUCCAUUGUUGAUGGAAAGGGAUCGAAUGGAUUGGGAUAACUUUGCCAAAAAGGUGAGGGCGGUUCAAAGAGGUUUCAUGGGAGAACCCGAUGAAAUGAGAGCCGGACGCUGCGAAUUUCAUGUGUAUCCCUAUUCCUGUAUAUGCGAAAAGCCGGCAAGCGAUAUCGGUGGAAAUGAAAGUGGAGGCCAUCACUCACAACAGUUUGAAGAAGAUCAAGGAUUGAGGAAGAGAAGCAACGAAGAAGAAGAGCCAGUUUUUGGAGCCAAGAAGGCUGAACAUGAACAAGUAUUUCCUAAGAGGACAGGGACAAAAAAUGCUACACCCUUGAUUUCCAAUUGUUUUAUUUUCAUUGGUAUAAUUCAAUCAUAA